UAGACGGGUGAAGGUCACGGGGCGCAGAUCGAGGAGUUCAAUUCAAAAGUCACUUGCCGAUCGAUUACGAAUCGACGACCAAGUUAGCGGAUUACAUUUGAGCCAGCAGCGCACUGAGGAAGUCACCUCGUCUGCUGAUGAAACGUUGGCAUGCCAAUUACGAAGUUCGGCGAACGAGUGAAGCGAGGAACCAUCAACCCGAGCUAUUACUGCAUCAAUUCAUUUUGAACACACUAUACGUGGCCGCAAUCAAACUUUGGAAAUCGGAGCUACCCCCGGAACAAUCGUAAAACGUCUGCCGGAGAUGAAAGAAGCAAAUUUAGUUGGCCAACGGUCGAUUGACAAAUUGAGCUUCACUAGUGAUAAUUCAAAGAACGGCUACGAAGAAAGCCUCUACUUACUCAACCGUUGCCUAAACGAUAUCGAAUGGUUCGGCAGUAAAUUGAGCAAAUAUCUGACGGGCUGCUCCGACACAUCAAGAUCACUUUCAGACGGCUCGGAAAGAAUUCUUCCGCCCCACCGUGAUGAGCUAAUAGAAUGUAUUCGGAAAAUCAAAUAUGCCUUCAAUCUAAACCAAGACCUCGAAUCUAUCCUUCUCAAAAACGCAGAUAAAGUUUACGUCCGUCUCAUCAAACUUGUUCGAUGGUUAGACCAAAUUUGUCAGAACAGGCUCGUCCCAGACUAUCCCCAAAAUUUGGUCAGACGCGUCGUAGAACCUCCAUUGAGCGAAUCGUCUAUUGAAGCGGUGAUUGCACGUUUGGCUCCGGAAACUGGGACAUUUUGGACAAAUCUUGGUGACGCAUGGAAUCUGUCUUCUACCAACUGGCAAAACCCUCUGCCGACCUACGUCCCACACUUCAAAACGAUGCCGAGGAAGCAGCUUUUUUCAGUUUCUCCCAAACAGCUUCUGCAAGCUUCUCCGAUCAACGUCAACUCCGAACAAGUGAGUCAAGGGACACUAACGGACGGCUCCAAACCGAACAAAUCCAUAAAAGUUGCCUAUAAAGUGUCCUCUCCGCGAAUAAGGAACAGUGAUCAUGAAAGGUAUUACCAGAAAAUUCAAGAUCGCGGUGGUCGUCUGUGCUUUGCCACGGUUGAUCACAUGAAGGCCGUCGCAAAUGAAUUGUCAGCAAAGCAAGGAGACCUGUUCGAGAUCUUGGAUGACACAAGCAGAGAGUGGUGGAAGGUGGAGAACUAUGGAGGAGAAAUUGGUCUGGUCCCGAAAUGGAAACUGCGGCCUUUUCGUCUUACUGCUAGCAGCCAUAUCUCCCACGUCUCGCCUCAUUCCUCACCAGCAAUUCAACCUGGCACUUCGGUUUCUGGUGAACACAACUCUGCUUUCCAAACACAGCGGUGGGAUGUGGACCCAAUAUCAACCAACAAACCAGUGACUAGUUCUUCUUUCGUAUCGCCUUUUGCCGCUGGAUCACAAUAUGAUGACAUUUCAUUGUCCAAUUUGACUCCGCUGGUAGUGUACAUUCCGCGGGAGGUGGACAGGCUGGUAUCCGAGCAGAAACAAUCAAAUCCACUGCUUCUGAUGCCAUACGGACAGAAGCAAGAAAGCAAGUCCCGCUUCAAGCCAGACUCCCAUUCCCCCACAACAAUGACUCCACCGACGGCGUUCGAAAAAAGCUCCAAAUUGCCCUCUUUCUGUCAUUCUUCUGGACAGCCGUGGUCAAAAUACGGCCAUCCACAUUCACCGGUGGCUUGUAAGCCAACUAUUCUUUUGGAAACGAAACAACGUUCCAGGUUCUAAACGGAAUACGACAAACGAGCUUUGUCAUGCGCAACGAGAGAAGAAGCGCAUCGGGCUCGGUGGGUAUCAAGAAUGUACCGAUUACCUUUAACAGUUAGACAUACUUACUUCUUUCAUAUCUUCUUCAAAACGCAUAUAUCCUUACAAUUUUAUCCAACACGCGCUUUUGAAAGCAAAA